AUGGAGAGCUACCAGCUCCACCGACCACCCCACCGACCGCCGUAUUUCUUUGAUCCGACCCUAUCUGUCCCCGACUCUCCAGCUUCUAUGGCAACAAGACAGAAUCUAUUCAACAAACUGCCAGAAGAGGCAGUAGAAGAGAUUAUAAAGAAUCUGUUCAGGGAAUGGGAAGCUACGAGAUGGAGCCUUCCUCUGAACCCGAAUCUUUUGCAUUUGUCCCUUUGCGAUAAGCGACUUCAUCGCAUCACCUUGCCAUUACUUUAUCAUACCAUAAGCGUACAUCGAUUGUCACAUCUACAGGAAUUGGUCCUGAUGGUGAUCAAGAUACCAGCUUACGCGUCUCUGGUCAAAAGUUUAGCCCUGGAGUGGAGCUCGUCCUCUGACUACGAAAUAGAGGACGGGCCUAGAAGAAAAGUACUUGUGUCCCAUCCGAUCGCUGUCAGGGAGGCAAUGAGACGCUCCUUGCCUGACAAUGUCGUUCGUGACCUCGCUGGAGAUACUGGAGGGAGGAUGUGGGCGAAUGCCCUCUUGCUCUUAUGUAUAUUGACCCAUUUAGAGGACCUAAAACUCGAUCCUGGACUGAGUUAUGAACCAUUCAUUCAAGGUUUCUCUGCUUUGAUGGCUAGUCGGCACUUUUCUCCACACUUGCGAUCGUACGCUAGAGGGAACCCUAUAGAUGGGGAUAGUUAUAUGAAUGAAUUUAUUACCAAACUUCAGGACUGGCAGGGUAAAUCCACCGUAGUCGAACUAGGCCUCUAUAAUGACUCACGAAUCGGGGGCGAAGCCCUCCAAAAGCUCUUGUUGCUCCCUAGAAACCUACAACGAUUUUCAUUGGUGGGUAAGGGGUUAUCCAGCCGUUUUAGAGGUAGAGAGGAGUGCCUGGAAGCUCUUCAGAAUGUAUCACACAGCUUGGUAUAUCUUCGUAUCCAGUGGUGGGAAGCAAUGGUAUCAAAUACUACGACGUGGUCCCUACACAACUUCACCUCUGUCACCACACUCUUUAUUAGCUAUAGCCUUCUCUUUGGUCUUCGUCCAAAACCUGACCCCUACCAGCCCGACAUAUUCCCCCCAUUCCUCCAUUUUCUAGGGCUUCAUUCAGAGAAAGACUACUCUCUCUGGUUCGAUGAGGACUAUAUUGAUUCCUGCAGAAAGGUAAUCGAAAUCAAAUCUUCCAAUCAUUUAAGCCAUUUAGGGACCGUCGUUCACGGGGAUUAUCCACCACUCUUGGAGCCGUUGGUCGAGUUUGCGUCCCAAUGCGGUGUGACGAUUCCUUUGAAUCGUGACGCG